CCAGAACUAUCAUAUUUACCGAGGUGGUAGAUAGGUGGUAAAAUAUAGUGUUGAUUAGCCCUGCAGCAUUGACAAGAUUUAGAGACCAAACGAGGGUUCUAGGGUUGGUCCAUCACCAUUUGGAUGGCCUCCCCGCACUGGGGUGGGAGCUAUGCGGCAGGUCGGUUGAGGCACGACUCAGCUAUCUGCCAGGAUUAGCCCUGAAACAAGAGGAAUUCAUGUGAAUUUUCCUGAUUUCUCCAAGGAGACAUAGCCGACAGUCUAGAUGAGCUUUGGCAUCAGGACGACAUCCGAUCUGCCGAUGUAAAACCCGCUUGACAAAAUGUCCCCGUUGACUCUCGACUGCUGAUCCACAGCUCCUACCAGACGGGACGGCCUGUAGAAGGGCAACAGGCCGCUUUCCUAAUCCUUUCGCAGAGCGGUGUUUAGAUACUGGAGCCUCAAGGCUUUCUCUCUGUCUCUCUCCAGAACUAACAACAUGGGGCUCAGCUCAGGAUGGAGGAGCUGCAACUCGGCAGCCGGCAACCUUAUGGAACGGCUCAACUUCCUCGACGGCGGCAUCGGCACCACCAUCGACAUGGACCAGGCCUCCCGCGCCCAGCCGAUCACCGUCGCCUGUCUCCUGGCCGUCGCGUUGUGAAAUGGUGUCGAGAUGGUGCCAAUGUGGCACCAUCUCGACACCAAGCGCACCGGGCUCUACUUCUGGAGCAUCUGCGCCGCCACUUUUGGGGUACCAUCGGCUUCGUCGUUAACGACUUCGAGCUGACCCAAAGUCACUUCGUCCCUGCCCUCUUGACCGUCUGUGGAUGGACCCCCAUGGUCACCGGACAAUCGCUGGUUCUUUACUCGAGGCUGCACCUCCUCUACAUUGAUUCCCGAAUACUGCGCUUCGUCCUAGGCAUAAUUGUCUUCAACGCCAUCACCAUGCACAUCCCCAUCCUCGUGGUCGCGUCCAACUCGCAUAACCCGGGUCCCUUUCUCGUGCCCUACAGGAUCUACAAGAGGAUCGAGGUCACUGUCUUCUUCAUCCAGGAGACCGUUAUAUCCAGCAUUUACCUGUGGAAGUCGUUCGGAUUUCUGAGCUCCCACCACUUCGGCAGCGGCGACAAGGAGCCGGUGUCUUCGGCGUCCGAGUCCGAGGUCAAGGCUAUCAUUCUUCACCUCAUCGCCGUUAACUUCUUUGUCAUCGCCCUUGACAUCACGAUCAUCGUGCUCGAGUACUUUGACCUCUACCUGAUCCAGACGAGUUAUAAGUCGUUCGUAUACAGCGUCAAGCUGAAGUGCGAGUUCGGCAUCUUAAACAGGUUGGUGCACUUUGUCAAGCGGAAGCGGAGGGCGGCCGACGAAAGCUCCAGGAUCACAGAGCAGCUUGAAAGGGAGUUGGAAACUACACUCGCUAGGAAUUUUGGCGCGGUCGUGAGGGAGGUUCGUACUGAUGGUGAGGCGCAAUCGGUGCUGAUAAGGGGCGUCAGGGGCGACAACUCAGAUGCGGAUAUGGUCAUCACACGGCCGACAGGUGUGCGGAAGUGUGCGGAAGCAUACGGAGAAUGAUUUGAAGGUGUAUUCUUCUCGUGAUCUUGCCGUACCCUGGCGGCCUCUGAUAAAUAUAAAAUCGCACGCCCAGACAAGACUCAUCAUCAAUAUGUGAUGCCCAGAAUGCAGAGAAAUAUAUCUGAUUCUGGUUUGGAAUAUCGUGCUAUAUCCAACGUCUCUAGGAUCCCCAAACAAGCAUCAAAGCUGG